AUGUGCAACGAAGAUUUAAUGAAAGAUGCCGCUUGUUUGGACCCGAAAAACUUCAAAAAAAUCAAAGAAAAUGGAAUUCUUAAUGACGCGCUAAAGUCUAUCGCAUCAAUUGCAAAUGUCGAUCGAGAGUUGCUGUCAAAAGAACUGGAAUAUUUUGCAAAUAAGUUUAGUGAACUGUCUAAAACUCUUUGGGAUGAGCACAUUUCUCCUAGGCAGCAUAAGCAAGAUUCAGAUUCACAAAGCGACGAAGAAAACGACGAAGAUGUUUUAGACUUAGACCAGGCAGCAAAGGACGCCAUGUGUUUUUCCAGAUGUGGUUUGGACGUCUGUGAAAGUUGCAUACCAUGUGCAUGUAAACUUUUAUCACAGUAUAAUAUGCAUAUCAGCACGUACACCACCUUAUAUGUUGCAUAUUGUGUAAUUCUCACAAUUUCAUUCACGCAAGUGACUUGUGAGAGACGAUUUUCAGCAUUGAAGCGCAUUAAAACGAGACUUCGUUCUUUACUGGGGCAAAAACUGUUGGAUUCGUUGAUUAUAUUAAAUACAGAAUCGGAUCUAAUCAAGGAUGACGAAAACAACAGCUUUUACGAUCGAGUCAUUAACUGCUUAGCUGAAAGUUCUCCUCUUUUAGAAAAAAUGUUGAUUGGCUAG